AUGGCCCCGGGAAGCAGCACAACAAGUGGUCUCGAUGGCUCGCAAUCGAGCACUGCAAAUGCAAGCCCCCAGCCCGAGCAGCCGCUCCCACUCAAAGAACCAAACAGCCUCCAUGGGCAGAAACCAGGUCGGGUCCUGAGCUACCGCAAGCGCGCCGUGUAUCUCCUUCUCUUCUACCUGCCGCUGCUCGUACUUCCCUGGAUUCUAACGUGUAUUAUGAUGUUCCGCCCCAUAAUGAAACCUUCCUAUAUCAACCAGGUCGGAAAGUACUCGGUGAGAGAUAUCUGGAACAUGGAGCGCUGGCUCAUCGCUACCAAGAUAAUUGACGGCGUCGCCUCGGUGCUGGCUGUCCCUAUUGUCUCUGCAUUGCUAGCACAAGGCGCUGUUGUCUAUACCCAGCGGCGGAAGGAAAAAGGCCAAAAAGAACUUAACCUUGAGGAGACCGUGCUUGACGAGCACAGCCCCCGGAAGACCUCGCCGUAUCUGUGGUAUGGGGUUGGUCUUAUUCUUCUCGCUGCUAUCCAGCCACCCCUCAAGCAGCUGCUGGUCCAAGACGAGGCGAAGACAGUGGUGACAUGCAAUGACCAGCCUGGCAUUGUCAGCAACAAUGACUCGACCUGUGAUACGUUGGGCUUUGAUAAUAAGGUCAUUGCUCUGGACUCGGAGCCCUCGUCGCUCGCAGCGUGUCCACGCAGCACAGUCGUUCAGCGUACACUCAACAAGUUAAUCGACGUCCGGAAGGGUGAUGUCCAGCCCCAUCUUUGGAGAGAGGUCAAGGAAGAUGAAAACCGCCCUGUCGAUGACCAGAUCAUGAGCACCUUCCAGUUCUUCUAUCCAGACUGGUCGAGCUCUGGCGAUCCACCCCCAGGGACCUUCUUCGCAUCCCCUGUGGUUAAUGGAACGACCACGGGAGUCCUGCGCCAACAUGCAGCGCGUAUGGACACUGAUGUGACAUGUAUAAUAGACAAUCACUUCCCAGCGACGUGUCCAGGCGACAAGCCGUUUGUAAGCGAUUUCACAAGCCCUUUUCUGAAUGUGUCUGUCUGUACAGAGGGCAGCUAUGACUCGGUCCCUUGGAUGAACACUCGAGAUGCGCAGAAUCUUACCGAGCGCCUCUGGCUGCAUAUCCACAUCGAUCCAGACUCCAUGUCUCAAACCAUGGCCUGGGAGGACGUGCACCUCUUUGGCAACUACACAAUACGAUGCGAUUCCACCUCACUACGAGGCUGGUUCGAGCUAGGAAACUAUCAAAACAAGUUCGCCCACCAACCCAUGCUCGACACUUGGCCGGACGAUGAGGCAAUGCAAACUCAAUUCAACGACAUCUCUGGACAUGAUGGCCCUAGAGACAAAUAUUGGCCUGUAAAAGAAGGGUCAACCGGCGAGACGGACGCCUUUGACUUCGAGCAUACACUCAGCCCUUUCGACACAGCAGACCGUCCCACCCCAGGACCCCUAAUGACCGCUUCCCUGGCCCUGUUCGGCAACAACACCCUCCUCCAUUCAGUCCGCAACGCAGCCAACGAGACUGAAGGUCUCCAAGCCAUGCAAAAUAUCUGCGCACACGGCCGAAUCCCCUUUUACGUCUUCUGGCCAUCCCACGUUCUCAGAGAUAGCAUUCUAGGGCCCCGCUGUGACAGGAUUCUAACCGAAGGUGCACUGGGAAACGAUUUCGACCCAAUCGACCUCUCCGAAUUCGUCGUCGGAUUCAUGCGGAUGUUUGAACCGCCACUCGCGGCAGGACAGCUCCUCGAAAUCGCGACCUUCUUUGCCAACGAGGCUCUCCUGUCUGUCUCCGCCGAGGUCCCCCAAUUGUAUACCCGAAGCAUAUAUACCGCGCCCGGGUAUGUGCUUCUCAAGCCACAGCACUCGAUUCCCGCGCUGGUGGUUAUCUCGCUAGUGAUUGCUUUGCAAGUGCUGGGUCUGCUGCUGUUGCUUAGGUUUAUUUACUCUGCGCCGUCGUGGACGGGUUCCCUUGAUGCUUUGGCGCUUGCGAGGAUUGGGGCGCAGUUGCAGGGGCAGGGGAAGGAUUUGGAUUCUUUGGGUAUGAGUGGGAUGGUUGGGAUUGGGGAGCGGGAGAAAGUUUUAAGUAGUGGGGAGAAUGGCAUGACAAGAAGGAACGUGAAGGUCUUGGGGCUGGGGGAGCCUGGGGUGAUUUCGAAAGGGUCUCUGGAGGACACUUUUGGCUGUCCUUGA